UCGAACAUUCAGUGGGUUGGAUCGGGCGCCUGUUUGUUUUGAUUUUCUUUCGGAAGAUGUUCGAUUAGUGCAGUGACUUUUGGACGCUUUUAUUUCUCAGUCAAAGUACAUUCAUUGAAAUCUCCUAGUCUUAAGUUGUCAGAAAGCCAUGAAAAAAGCCUAAUUGUUGCUUUUUAACUAAUAGAGAGCGAAGAUAUUUAUAGGGAUAUCGAUUUUUGCUUUAUGCAUUGAACCAGCAGUGAUUUGGUAAUACCAAAUAGUUGGAAAACUUUAUUAAGUAAAUUCCAAAAUGAUAAACGUUCGAUUAUUGGCUUUAGUAACAGUUUUACUGGUCUUCGUUCGACAAAUAUUUGCUUCUGCUGGUGAUCAAAGUCAGUUUUUCCAAAAUUGUCUAAAAAACUGCGCGCUACUAAAUUGUACAAAGUCUGGUUUGACCUUUAAGCGUGGUUAUCAAGGAAAGCAAAGUUUGAUAAACAAGUGGCUCUUGUGGACCUGCUAUGACGAAUGUGGAUACGAAUGUAUGUGGAAAACGACCAGUGCGUUUUUGAAUCGAAAUUGGACCACACCACAGUUCUAUGGGAAGUGGCCAUUCAUUCGGGCUCUCGGUCUGCAAGAACCUGCAUCAGUGUUUUUCUCAAUGACCAACUUUGGAACGCAUUAUUCGAUGCUGAAGAAAUUCCGCAAGGAGGUUCGUCCCGAUAGUCCUAUGUACCGUUUAUGGCACAUAUUUUCGUAUAUCUGCCUAAACGCGUGGGUUUGGUCAACUGUGUUCCACGCGCGUGAUUUCCCUAUAACGGAACUGUUCGAUUACACAUUUGCCUACUCCAUGGUCUUGGCUUCGUUUUAUUGCAUGGCGAUGCGAAUGAUUCACAGGAAAUCAAAAUAUUUAAGAGCGGUAUUCACCGUUCUGUGCGUUGUAUUUUUUGUUAAUCACUUCUCUUAUUUGAGCGUUGGGCGAUUCGAUUAUGCGUACAACAUGAAAGCAAAUAUCGUGACAGGAAUGACCGGUGCCACCGGUUGGAUCCUCUGGUGCAUUCUGCAGCGACGAAGGCGUCGAUACGUCUGGAAGUGUUUCUUGUUCAUUGUGCUAGCAACAUCGUCAUUGUUGUUGGAAGUGAAUGAUUUCCCACCGAUCUUCUGGACGUUCGACGCUCAUUCCAUUUGGCACCUGGUCACAGUGCCAUUGACUGUUCUGUUUUAUAGUUUCAUCAUAGACGACUGCAGAAGCCUGAGACAGGAGUUGCAUGAUACUGAUUUCGAGGAUGAUAUGCGAAAGUUGUUGUGAAAGAGAAUUCUCAGAUGAAAAGAACAAAUUUGCUUUAAACUUUAAGUGUUCCAUUGCGUUCCUAGUACUCAAAAGACUUACAGUAGUUUACCCCGUAUAGGAUCACGCCUUUGUUUCACUGCCAACAGUUGCGAAUUGGUUUGGGAAACGACAAUAAGUACGAAUUGGAAAGUAUCCAAACGAUAACCAACGGAAAGUGGAUGGCGUGCCUUCCGAUACUAAACAAUAUAAUGUAGGUGUUUCAUGUAAAUGAUCGAUAGCAGGAAUAUCUAUCUUGACCAUUAGUGUAGUACAUUCGUUGCCAGACAAUUGAUUCUUGAAUUGAUCCUUUAGCGAGUAUUGCAUUUAAAAGAGAAAAUUUUUGACUAUUCUAUAUACCUACUGUUUAAAUCUAUCACCGAUGUUACAUUUAGAUAGACAAAAAUUACAAGCAUUCUAAUAUUUGUUUGAUGUCUGCGUAUUACAAAGUGAGUCUAGUCCUCACCCGUCCAGGGUAAUAAAAGUGUAACGUAAUUGAACAAACUUGUUUAAAAAGCUAGAGAAAGCCUUGAUGUUGAGAAGUGUUGUUUUUAGCGAGCGGUGUAUUUGGAUAGUCUUAGUAUUUUUGGUAUUUUAACUUGAAGCUAGUUAGUUUAACUGGUAGAGGGAGCUGAGUUAUUUAUUUUUUUAUGUAUAAACAUUAUUAUUUCUCAUGUAUAAACGAAA